AUGUCUCUCGUCUUCGAUGCACUUCAAAGUCCUACAGAUGCUCUUUGCCAAUUGUACGAACAGAAUAAAUCUCAAGGAAUAGACUCCUUUCCUGCCACAGUUACUGCACACUUUAGUUCCAUCUUCAAGUCCAACGAUGCAUUCCAGCAGAUUCCUAUGCUGGAUCUGCAUCAUCCACCAGAAUCUUUUGCGGACAGAUCCCUAGUUAUUUUCAAUGCAAUGGUGCAAGAUACUUCAUUGUCACCCGAGCUUUACCUUGCCACCAGAAGCAACAACACAUGUGGUGGUUGGGGUCUUGUGGACGAAGUUCCAUCCAAUGAUGGUAUUCAAUACGAAAAUCUGAGAGAAUGUAGUACAUUCUGGGCAGUCUCUAUACCAGGAUUAAGCUCGUGGUGCUAUGAUGAAACCAAGGUACCCCCCUCUUCCCCGUACACCGUAAUACAGAAGCACAAGUACCCGGUGCUUGAUGCACCACAUAUUGGGGCACAGAUCAAGGUCUACGAUGAGAAGUUGUCUGCAUCAUUUCGGGCAACAGACACAGUUUCCUUCAUCGGCAUUUUAACCUUUGAGCCUCUUUCUGCCAGCAUUGACGUACCGAAUUCUAAGAAUGUCCCGACCAUUCAUAUGUUGUUCUCCCUUCCGAUUCCACGCACAAUCGCACCUAGAUCUUUUCCCGAAGAGGCCCUCCCUACAUCUAUUGCAAACUUGCGGAAAGAACUCAUUCAAUGGAUAGCCGAUGAAGGACUUGGUGGUGACUAUGUGGCUGCAGAAUGGGUUUUUAUAUGCGCCAUUGCUCGAGUGUAA